AUGUCCUUCGACCCCUUCAACCAGUCCUUCACCCUAUACACCGCAGACGGCAUCCCCAUCAACAUCACCGUCCCCAUGGUGGACGAGUAUGCGCAAUACGCCAUCCGCAUCAGCAUCAACUAUGGCGCGCAGCUCGGCGCCUCGCUCGUCCUCUUCCUCAUCCUCCUGCUUCUCACCAGACCAGAGAAACGCACCUCCAGCGUCUUCAUCCUCAACGCCGCCGCCCUGCUCCUCAACGCCGGCCGUCUCCUUUGCCAGUCUGUCUUCUUCACCACGCCCUUCGCCCACUUCUACCCCUACUUCGCAGGUGACUUCUCGCGCGUCCCGACCUCCGCCUACGCAGAGUCCAUCCUCGGCGUCGUGCUCGCCACCCUCCUGCUCACCUGCGUCGAGACCUCCCUCGUCCUGCAGACCCAGGUCGUCUGCGCCACCGUCCGCCGCAGAUAUCGCCAUCUGCUCCUGGCCGUAUCUGUUGCCGUGGCGCUCACCCCCGUCGGGUUCCGAUUCGGCUUCAUGAUCGAAAACUGCAAGGCAAUCGUCGACGCAUCCACCGCCCACCACGUCCAGUGGCUGGAAAGCACCACCAACAUCGUCACCACCGUCAGCAUCUGCUUCUUCUGCAGCGUGUUCAUCGGCAAGCUGGGCGUCGCCAUCCGCAUGCGCAAGUCGCUCGGUGUGCGCGAGUUUGGUCCCAUGAAAGCUAUUUUCGUCAUGGGGUGUCAGACGCUCGUCAUUCCAGCCCUCUUCUCCAUUCUCCAAUACUUCGUCGGCGUCCCCGAACUAGCCUCUAACGUCCUAACCCUCGUGACCCUCUCCCUCCCCCUAUCCUCCAUCUGGGCGGGCGUAGCCCUAGACUACCACCGCUCCUCAACCGACAGCAACUCCUCCCGCCGCAACCUCUGGAACCUCCUCUCCAUCUCCCCCAACGCGACAGCAUCACGGUCUCACGCCGCGCAGUCCAAGCAGGACAUAUCGCUUUCGUCGUCGUUCACGGCCUCCACAGCCGCGACGGCCGCUUCAAAGCAAAAUACGACGUGCUAUGCGGGACAGUAUGAGGAUUUUCCUUCCGGGCGGGCGGGCGAGGAGCCUGUUGGGUAUGGGAUUUCUGUUGCGCGGGAUAUUUCUGUCGAGGAGAGUUAUCGCGGGGGGAGGGCUGGGGCUGCUGGGGUGUAA